CACGGCGAGUGAUGCGUAACGCGCGACCUCCGUUAUCAACUCGCCACCAAUUCUUCAAGAGCAGAGGGGCGCACGAACGCUGCGUUUUCCCCUGCACUUGCCAGGCUACGCAGAGCCCAUGAUAUGCCAUCCCGCCUGCUGGACAGAGCUGAGAUGACCUUCCGAAGUAGAUCGUAUAGUCUCCUGUGUCUCGCAUCCUUCGCCCUCGUCAUGCUCGCGUUUCACGAGUUCUCUCCAGGAGAAAUCAAGGACGGCGACAGAGCGAGAAGAGGGCUGCUGGACUACGGGCGAACCAUCUACGUGGUGACGGGAACCUACCAGCGGACAAAUCAGAUGCCAGAGAUGACCCAGCUGGCUCAGACCUUGAUGCUCGUGCCAAACGUGCACUGGAUCGUGGCCGAGGAUACCCGCGUGCAUAAUAAGUGGAUCAUGGAGUACCUCCGUUUCACGGGUAUUCCGUUCACGUACCUAAAAACUCCUACGCCCAGGAAGUUCCUCAAGUUGGGCACCGUCCCUAUCGGUGCCUCCAACUCCCGCGCCGCCAUCGCCUGGAUCCGCAAAAAUGCCAAGACAGGUGUUGUUUACUUCGCCCACGAGACAAAUAUUUACGACUACAGGCUGUUUGAAGAGAUUCGCUCGACGAGGGGCGUGUCGCUCUUCCCCGUCGGCUUCGCGACUCGACUCCAGCUGUCGACGCCCGUGGUGAAGAAAGGGCGCUUCUCCGGCUGGUACGACGACCUGGCGACCGAAAGGAAGUUCCCCGUGGAAAUGGCCGGCUUUGCCUUCUCAGUGGAACUACUGCAACAGCGCCCUCGUGCCAACGUAGAUUGGUCAUACGACUUCCAGGAAGAGAGCCUCCUGAAGGGUUUAGGCAUCCCACCAGAAAGGAUGGAGCUUAAGGCCGAAAGGUGUAAUAAGAUAUUAGUGUGGACUGUGGAAGCAGUAAUGCCCAAGCCAGCGACCAGAGAAAUUUGUGACAAACAGUACGACGGCACUAAUGUGCGGAUAUUGGAGAGCAUAUUAGAGGUGGAAGGAGUAUCGUGCGCAUAUGAUAUGAAAAAGAAGUAUUGACGAAGAAGGAGGGAGAGACUCAGAACGGAUGAAGAGGACUGAAGCCUUUUUUUUACGAAUAAAUCAGUGUAUAUAUUUAUUAGAGAUUAUCUAAUAAAAUGGAAUUGCGUA